AUGCUAGCGAAGACAAUUAUCCCGCCGAUAACGUUUCUAGGGAAGGAAUUACCUGUCGUUGAUUCGGUGAAGGACCUCGGAAUGAUAAUAGACAAACAUUUAUCAUUUAACGAUCACACAGACGCUUUAACAAGCGAUCUUAUGGGCAAGUUAGCAAUGAUUAGUAGAAUUCGUCACCUAUUUGACAAAUCUACACUUUUCAUUGUAAUUAACUCGCUUGUUUUUACAAAGUUAUUCUACUGCUCCUCGGUAUGGUCAGGUACUAGCAAAUCAAAUCUUGCUAAACUUCAACAAGUGCAAAACUUUGCAGCCCGCCUGUUGUCAGGAAAGAGGAAAUAUGAACAUAUUACACCCACCAUCAAAGAGUUAAAACUACUUCCAGUAUCCGAGGCUUUUAGACUUAGAGACGGUGUUCAAAUGUUUAAGUGCAUGAAUAAUCAAGCACCGAAUUACCUGAUUAAUAUGUUUCAAAAAAGAUCAGACAUUCAUAAUUAUAAUACAAGGAACACCAAUGACCUGAAUCUAGCAAAGUGCCGCACUGCACUGGCUCAGAAUUCAUUUUGUUAUAGAGGCGCGGUGAUAUGGAACUCAUUGCCAUCUGAGCUCCGUGAUUUAGCCAGCCUGAACUGUUUUAAACGUAGUUUGAGAAGCCAUCUUCUUAGAAGUUGGCUUGCUUAAUUUUAUAGUAUAUAAAUAACUAGUUUAUAAUAUUGUAUAAUUUCAGAUAUUUAAUCGUGUAAAUUAGGUAUGAAGAUCCUCUCGGGGAACCUAAUAAAUUUUAUUGUAUUGUAUUGUAUGAAUAUCUUCUGAAAUGGAAGGGAUGGCCCUUCCAUUAUUGCUCGUGGGUACCAUCCCAAAAUUUAACUGGAAAUCUUUUGAGGUACUGUACUCUCGGUUUUUGUUUUAUUACAUAUCUUUAUAGGACUAUAGGAAUCCAAGGUUAUAUGGAUUCCAAAGGUCAUAGUUAAUGGUUUGAUUGUAAGUAGAAGUUGUCUGAUGACAACUAACAGUUUGAGUAUUUUAUCAUAAGUACUGUUUGCAUGCAAUUAGAUAAAGUUAUUUAUACAUUUAUUUAUUAAUUUUGCUUCAAAAUGUAAUCACCAACCAUCAAUUGUGAUACCCAUUUUUUUAAUAUAUGUUAUUUAUUUGGUAGGAGCUACCUGAAACCACUGAAACCUACUCCUAUUAGACUAGAAAUUGCAAGCGGUGAUUUCUUAAAUGCCAUCCAAACAAGCUUGAAAGGAAAGUCAAUGGCAGCAGCAGUUAUAAAUAUGGAUCUUGAUGUGUGGUGUUAUUUAACAUUCAACAGAGGUGCUGCUUCCGAGCACAAAGAAUACACUUUGUAUCAAAAAGAAGACUUUGAGACUUUACCAAGUGAUUGGUACUACUGCUUAAAUGAGCAUGGGGAAGGCAAAGGGAUAGAUUUUCCAAUCAAGGCAAAACCCAUGGUAUCAUGGUCUCCAUCACGAUACUGUAAAAUGAAUGGCAAACUCCAGAAAGCACCAAGGAUGCCAAUUGAAAAAGUCUCACUUCAUUUUGUAAGGAAAGCGUGUGGUAUUCAGAAUUUAUAA